CCGGGGGAGCGGCGGGAGCGUCGGCCGGGGGGCUCGGAGCGGGACCGUGCCGGAGCCUGGGAAGGGAUUUACCGGAGCCGGCGGCGGCCGAGCGGAACUUUGUGUCGGGGAUCUUGGCACGGACGGACGUAGCGGGGCCGGUAGCGGGAGAGCCACCGGGGGCUUGGCACCGGACAACUUUGGAGCCCGGGACGGGCGCGGCGGGACUUUGCACCGAGCGACCGGAGACCGGCACGGAUGUACCGGGACGCGUAGGGGAGCGGCGGGGCUUUGGAGCGGCGCACCGGAGCUCGGGACCGAUGUACCGGAGCUUAUAGCUCGGGACCCGGAGCCCGGGACGGGGCACGGCGGCGUCCGGCACCGGCCGGCCGAGGCUCGCGGAAGCGCACCGGAGCCUGCCACGGAUUUACCGGAGCUCGCAGCGCUUCACCGGGACGUUUCACCGGCGCGCCGGAGCCCGGCACGGACUCACCGGCGUCUCUAACAUCGCACCGCGGCUCGAACCGAGAGACCGGAGCCCCGGAGCGGAUAACCGGGGAGCUCGCCGCGCGCAACCGGGGCUCCCCGCAGCACCCUCCGCCUCGCUCCGCCAUGCCGGUGGCGGCGUGACCCCGCAGCCUUGUCGCGGCGGGGCGGCCCCCGCGCCCCCGGGGCCAUGUUCCAGGGCUUCCCCGGGGACUACGACUCCGGGUCGCGCUGCAGCUCGUCGCCCUCGGCCGAGUCCCAGUACCUGUCGCCGCUCGACUCCUUCGGGAGCCCCGCGGCCGCCGGGGCCGCGCAGGAGUGCAGCGCCCUGGGGGACAUGCCCGGCUCCUUCGUGCCCACGGUGACGGCCAUCACCACCAGCCAGGACCUGCAGUGGCUGGUGCAGCCCACGCUCAUCUCCUCGGUGGCCCCGGGGGCUCCCAUGGCUCAGCCGCCCCCCCUGGACCCCUACGACCUCCCCGGACCCAGUUACUCCACCCCCGGCCUGGGCGCCUUCGCGGGACCCCCGGGCCCGGCCCCGGCCCGAGCCCCCCGCGCCCGGCCCCGGCGCAGCCGCGAGGAGACGCUGACGCCCGAGGAAGAGGAGAAGCGGCGCGUGCGGCGGGAGAGGAACAAACUGGCGGCGGCCAAAUGUCGCAACCGGCGCCGGGAGCUGACGGACCGGCUGCAGGCGGAGACGGACCAGCUGGAGGAGGAGAAGGCGGAGCUGGAGUCGGAGAUCGCCGAGCUGCGCAAGGAGAAGGAGCGCCUGGAGUUCGUGCUGGUGGCCCACGCGCCCGCCUGCAAGGUCCCCUUCGAGGACAUCGGCGACAUCGGCGCCCUGGGCGCCGGCCCCGCCGAGGUGAGCAGCCCGGGCAAGGCGGGGACCGUCGCUUUCCUGCCCCCGGCGCCGUUCCAGGGCCCGCAGGGUCCCUUCCCCGGCUGCUGCCUCCCGCCCGGGGUCCCCGCGGGACCCCCUAACGCCACCCCCGCGUUUGUGUUCACCCACCCAGAGGGAGCCACCUGCGGAGCCUCGCACCAGCGGAGCAGCAGCAGCGACCAGUCCUCGGACUCCUUGAAUUCUCCCUCGCUCCUCGCGUUGUGAAACCCCACCCGCCCCCCGGCCCAGUUCUGUCCCCUCCUCGCCCGCACCCACCCCCCCAAAAAAACCAAAAAAACCCCCAAAAUCCGCCAAACCGGGCGCGCCUCCUCCCUGCCGCCGCCGCGCCUCGGGGCUGGGCUUGGCCCGCUCCGAUUGUUGGGGUCUUUUUUGGGUUGUUUUUUGGGGUUUUUUUGUGCUCACCCCUCCCGGUUCUGGAGCGGUGUUGUGGAGUUUUUUGGGGUUUUGGGCGGGUUUUUUUUUGGGAGGGUUUUGGCGCCUGGAGGUGGUGGCCGUGAUGAGGCUCCAGCGUUCCCGUGGUUGUUGGGAGGCGUCUGCUCCCGGUCCCCGUCACCUCUGGGGUUUGUCCAGGAUCUCUGUCCCCCUGGAGGUGUCCCUGUCACCGCAGAGGUGACUGUCCCUCAUUUCAGGGGGAUCACCCAGGAUGUCUGUCCCCCUGGAGGUGUCCCUGUCACCCCAGAGGUGUCAUUCCUUAUUUCAUGGGGAUCACCCCGGAUCUCCAUCCCUCUGGAGAUGUCCCUGUCACUUCAGAGGUGACUGUCCCUCAUUUUUUGGGGAUCACCCAGGAUCUCCAUCCCUCUCGAGAUGUCCCUCACACCCCAGAGAAACCUCUCGAGGUGUCCUUGUCACCUCAGAGGUGACUGUCGCUCAUUUUUGGGGAUCACCCAGGAUCCCCGUCCCUCUGGAGAUGUCCCUGUCACCCCAGAGGUGACCGUCCCUCAUUUUUUGGGGAUCACCCAGGAUCCCCGUCCCUCUGGAGAUGUCCCUGUCACCCCAGAGGUGACCGUCCCUCAUUUUUGGGGAUCUCCCCGGAUCCCCGUCCCUCUGGAGAUGUCCCUGUCCUGCUCCCACUGCCCACAGAGACCUCUCGAGGUGUCCCUGUCACCCCAGAGGUGACCCUCCCUCCUUUUUGGGGAUCUCCCCGGAUCCCCGUCCCUCUCGGGGUGUCCCUGUCACCCCCGAGAUGUCCCUCCCUCAUUCCUCGGGGUUCCUCCGACGUCUCCCACCCCUCCGGAGAUGUCCCUGCCCCACCUCCGCCUCCCUGGGGGCGGAUUUUUGUCCCCUCCUUUUGUCACCUCCCGAGGUCCCCGCCGCCCCCCGGGGCUCCGGGCAGCGUCCGCGUCCCUUCGGCGACGUCCCUGUGCCAUUCCCAGCGCCCGGAGAAGUUCUCCGCGGUGUCCCCGUCGCCUCAGGGGUGACUGUCCCCUCGCCCCGCCGCGUCUCCGUCCCUUGGGAGAUGUCCCAGCCUGGCCCUGGUGGCACCUGCGACACCCGAGGUGUCCCCAAUUCCCCCCGCUGAAGGUCCCGCUUCCCCCACCGGGGUCCCGGCGCCACCGCCGCGUCCCCCGGCCAGGUCCCCGCCUCAUUUCCGUCCCGCUGGAGAUGUCCCCUUGAGGGGCUCCGCGGGCCACCUCCGCCCCUGCUCCGGGUGUCACCUCCGCGUCCCCCUCGGGGGGGUCCCCGCGCCUCCGGGUGACCCCCUCCGGGUCACCUGCCCCCCUUUUUCGGGGCCGCCCCUCCGUCACCUCCGGGACCCCCUCCAGGUGACCCCCUCCUCCAGGUGACACCUCCAGGUGCGCUCCUGUCCUGCUCGUCCCCUCUUGU